AUGCCACCAAUUCGUACAGGAAGAACACAAAAUUCAAGCAAUCAAGAGGGCAGGAAUCUGAUCUAUUCGUCAAGCUGUACAGAUAUAUAUGAUGUUCCCUUUACAACUCUUCAACGUCGACUUACCGGCACUCAAUAUAGAGGUGAAAAACGCGCUAAUGGUCAUAUAUUGACUCAAUAUGAAGAGGAAUCUCUUCUAAAAUGGAUCCUGGAUCUUGAUAAACGUGGAUUACCUCCCCGACCAUCUCUUGUACAAGAUAUGGCUGAUCUUCUUCUUUCCCAACAUGGAAGUAAACACGUUAGUGAAAAAUGGGUUUAUCGAUUUGUUGACCGGCAUCCGGAAGUCAAACUACGAUUUUCACGGAGAUAUAACUACGAGCGGGCAAAAUGUGAGGAUAUUAAGAUAAUCCAAGAGCAUUUUAACCGCGUACGAGAGGUCAUACAGGAAUAUGGGAUCUUAUCAGAAGAUAUAUACAAUUUUGAUGAGACUGGCUUUGCGAUGGGACUCUGUGCGACUGCAAAGGUCAUUACAGGCAGUGAUCGAUAUGCAAGGCCUAAUCUAUUACAACCUGGCAAUCGCGAAUGGGUUACAGCAAUUGAAGCAGUUAAUUCCACUGGAUGGGCUUUACCCUCGUACAUGAUUUUCAAAGCAACAACUAUUAUCAGCAAGGCUGGUUUGAGACUCUUCCACAAGAUUGGAGACUUGAUAUUAGUAAAAAUGGCUGGACAACAGAUGAGAUUGGAAUACGAUGGCUUCAAAAACACUUUAUCCCUCAUACAACAAGCCGUACGAAGGGGAGAUACCGGAUGCUUAUUCUUGAUGGCCAUGGAAGCCAUUUGACACCUUAAUUUGAUCAAAUAUACACUGAAAACAAUGUUAUACCAGUGUAUAUGCCACCUCAUUCAUCGCACCUUUUACAGCCCCUUGAUCUUGGAUUCAACCAUAUUGAUAAAUAUGA